CAGUGUCACCGGCAGCUUAGCUGUAAACGACGCAAGCUUCGACAAUAUGCGCACGAGGUGCAUUCGAUAAUGGAAUUAUGACCCUUACGAGCAGCCCGUGUGAGCUAGACAACAUGAGCUUGUUUCAAGACCUUAAGUUGAAAAGGAGAAAAGUCGACUCUCGAUGUAGUAGUGACGGGGAGAGUGUUGCGGAUACGUCGACCUCGUCACCCGAUGCCAAUAUGCCUGGUUCGCCGCUCAGCGUCAAGGUCAAAUCCGAAUACUUGCGGGGCAGUCCGAGUCCUGGCAGUCGAGAACCACCGCCAUCCAGUAAUAAUCCUGCCACCACGCCUCAACGGACGAAGCAGCAGCAGCAGCAGCAACAACAACAACAACAACAACAACAACAACAACAGCAACAACAACAACAACAACAACAACAACCACAACAACAACAGCAACCACAACAAAAACAACAACAACAGCAACAACAGCAACAACCACAGCAGCAGCAACAGGACAAUAAUACCUUGACGGAACGAGCGUCGCCAGACUCGGUUUUUCCCGAUCUUGUUGUCACGAGUGCCAGUGGUAAGAUGCAACUGAUCAAUGCUACUACACAAGUAGACGAGAAGCUGCAGCUACAGCAGAUUCAGGUGCACAAGCAGCAACAGCAAAUGUCACAACAACAUCAAAGAUCUUGUACGCCAGCACCAACUAGAUCAGCCCCUCCUUCUCCGGCGUCGUCCACGCCGAUGAAUUCGCAUGCGCACCAGGAGUCAACGGUGACGUCUCAACAGCACAGUUCGCCGGCGGUAGCCGACACUCGACCGGAAUUACCAUCGUCGGUUUCUGCUGGGAACGCGAAUAAUCUCGUCAGUUUGCAGUGCAAACAAGAAACUGGUGAUUCAGUAUUCGACGGUGGUGGAACGAGAGGCGAUCCCACGCCGACAUCUGCUAAUAAUUCCUCGAUCACUUCGACUCUGACUUCGAGUCAGAGCAGCAUCGUCUUCACCAACAGCAACGGCAUUCAGCAACCAAGGAACAGUCCAACGUUGCAAUACAGAGCCAGUCCUAGUCCCAAUGGUCACGUGCAUCAUCGAAGCUCCCCCCGACCGAGGCUCUCUCCACAUGGACCAAAUCAAAUUUUCAAUCAUCCCCAAUUUUGGGCUGGCAACAAUGUCACGAAUUUCGCCACUCAGAGGUUGAUCAACGGUGUCAUUAGCAAUGCCGUAAAUUUCGUGACGGGAAACGGUCAGCACUUGACAACUACCAAUCCUCAAAAUAAUGGCAAUGGAUCGACCAAUCCUAAUAACAGCGUUUGCUCUCUGAAUGAGAACAUGAAACCACCGGCGCAACGAGCGGCACCUGCGGCACCUCGACCAUCGCCUACGGUGAUAAUGGGCGAAGUCGGGGGCGUGAGAACGAUGAUAUGGUCAUCUCCAGCAACAGAACCAACGCUGCCGCCCCCUGUAGUAGCCACACCGAGCUGGCCAGCUUCGAGCUCGUCCACUUCCAAUGCUUCGUGCUCAUCCAACGAUCAGGAAUCGGCAGCCCAGCUGCUGCUAAAUCUCGGUCAAGAGGCACGAGGGAAACCACCGCUACCCUCGCCAUCGUCCCAAUCUAGUAAUAAUUCAUCCUUGUCAAACAACAAUCAAAACUCCAACAAUUCGGGCACGUCUAAUUACUCGCCUGGACCGCCUCUAAACAUGGAAAGGCUUUGGGCUGGUGAUAUGAGUCAACUUCCGGCUGCCCAGCAGAUCCAAGCCCUAAAUCUGACUGCCUCGGGUUCGCAACAGCAUAAUCAGCAAGUUGCGGGUGGCCAACAGUGGGCGAGAAACGGAGCGAUGGCAAGGAACGAUGGAUCUGUGUUGGCUGUCGGGAUACAACAACCGCAUCAGCCACCUCAAACGCCUCAAUCGGAUCACGACGAGGACGAAGCACCGAUGAUAUGUAUGAUUUGUGAUGACAGAGCAACAGGAUUGCAUUACGGAAUAAUAACUUGCGAAGGAUGCAAGGGUUUCUUUAAGAGGACGGUACAAAAUAGACGCGUCUACACUUGCGUAGCAGAUGGAGGCUGCGCCAUCACCAAGUCUCAAAGGAACAGGUGUCAGUAUUGUCGAUUCAAAAAGUGUAUAGAGCAGGGCAUGGUACUGCAGGCUGUCAGGGAAGACCGAAUGCCUGGAGGAAGGAAUUCUGGGGCCGUGUACAAGCUUUACAAAGUGAAAUACAAGAAGCACAAGAAAUCUCAGAAAGCUACUCAGGCCGCGGCAGCUCUUGGACCGUUGACUCCAAAUUCUGCCCCUGGUCACGUAGCCAAUGCUCUUCCAGUGAAUGGUACUGCAGCUGGAAGGCAUCAUCCUCAACAACAUAUGCCACAGCCGCAGCAGCAGCAGCAACAGCAGCCCCAGCAACAGCAGCAGCAGCCCAUACACAACCAGCAACAGCAUAAUCUACAACAACAACAUCAACAGCAAAUGCAACAACAGAUGCAACAACACCACCAAGCUCAACAGCUGCCAACGGCGGGCUUCGGCCAUCCACCCAGAGUCAGUUCAGGUGGCAGUGAAUCGGGACAACCGACGCCGAGUCAGCCUACAACGACUGGACAACCGACGACAACGGGACAUCCGGGUGUCACCCAUCUGGUGAAUGGAACGAUACUGAAAACUGCCCUUACCAAUCCCUCAGAAGUUUCGCAUUUACGCCAGAGGCUAGACAACGCCGUCAGCAGUUCACGAGAUCGAGCUUUUCCUUAUGACAAUACGAGCAUGAUUCAGGCUCUAAUAGAUUGUGACGAGUUUCAAGACAUCGCUACGUUACAGAACCUGGGCGAUCUACUGGACAACAAGAACCGCGAGCUGAGCGAGAAGCUCUGCCAAAUCGGUGACAGUAUCGUUUACAAACUCGUCGAGUGGACCAAGAGAUUACCGUUCUAUCUCGAGCUGCCGGUCCAAGUUCACACGAAGCUGCUCACGCACAAGUGGCACGAGCUACUGGUCCUGACGACCUCGGCUUACCAAGCGAUACACGGUCAGCCGCCCAAGGUCUUGAGUUCCGGUCACGACGACGACAAAUGUGAAUUCAUCAGCGAGGUCGCGGAUAACAUGUAUACGUUGCAAGCGUGUCUUUCACAAAUGAUGGGCUGGCCCAUAACGAUGGAACAACUGAAGCAAGACGUUGGCCUCAUGAUCGAGAGGAUAACUUGCGUCACAAGUACGUUUCGCAAAAUCAAGCUGCGAACCGAGGAGUACGUCUGUUUAAAAAUCAUCAUCUUGCUUCAUGAACCACGUUCCUUCUCCCGGCGAGAUACGGCUGACUUGGAGCAGAUACAAGUGCGCUAUAAAAACUGCUUGAAACACUUUGUCGAGAGCACCUAUCCCAAUCAGCAUAAUCGUUUUAACGAACUAAUGGGACGGAUGAGCGAAAUACAAGCGGCAGCGGGCUUACUGCUCGAGAGCAAAAUGUUUUACGUUCCUUUCCUCUUGAACUCAGUAACUCGAUGAUAAUAAGCUACAGCUAUCAUUGAAUUUCACCACAGCUCCGGCGAACUCACCAAAAACUUCGCGCGGCACCGAACGCCGAAUCAUGCGGUUAUACAAUGUAAAUAUUUAUAAAUAUUAUUAUAAUUACUAGAGUAUAAUAACUUAUACGUACAUUAUACAUAGUAGAUAGAUAAGGAUUUUUAAAUAGCCGAGUGAAUGGAAACGAUUAAUUGUGUAUUGUAUAAAAUUUAAGCAAAAGUGCAAAAGUGAAUGAAAGAUGAUAGAGCGAGUUGUGAAUCAAUUAAAUACGGCGCAAAAAUUAAGACAAACAAGCAAAAAAAUAACACACGAUCCAGUGGCAUGUAACGUCAACCAGGCGAAUCGUGAACACACGCGAAAAAAAUUGGCCCGAAUUAGACAAAUAUUCUGGUAUACAUUUUUGAC